CACUCAGUCACACUUUCCUGCAUUUACUGCUCUGUGCUUUGAGACCCUGCCGCCCCAGGGGAGCAUAGAGGGGGCAAAGUCUAUCUGAGGAGGGCAUUAGAGCGAAUCCUGCUGCCAGUUCACCAUUCCCGCAUCCAGUGGAGAGUGGUGUACUCUCGAAAUGGCUCGGACACUCCUCUGUGUCCUCCUCCUCUCCGUCGGGCUCCAGGGCGACUCAGGGAAGAGGGCUAGUGUCCGGAACACCAGGGACAUCAGCAGUGACCAGCCCCGCAUGAGCUCUGAUCAGGGCAACUUGUUCUUCUCCACCGGAGACCACAAAAACAUCGUCUUCCAGACCAGAGGAUCGGGCUCCGUUAAAGUUGGAGGCGAGGACCUGAUCCAGCUGAUUGGCCAGAUCAAGACGAACAAAGACGACAUCACUAACCUCAAGGCCAACGGGGGCGGGAUACCUCCAGAAGUCAGCAAUCAGCUGAAUCAGCUGAACACCAGAGUCACAACACUUGAAUCUAAAGUUCAGACCGUAGAAGAGACGGUCCACAGGAAGACAUGCCAUAGCAACCCCUGUCAGAAUGGCGGCACUUGUCUCAACCUUCUGGAUGCCUUUCACUGCAUCUGUCCAGACAACUGGCAGGGCCCCACCUGUACCACGGACGUCAACGAAUGCCAGAUGUAUGCGGGGACCACGCAGGGCUGCCAGAACGGUGCCACCUGCUUCAAUACACCUGGAUCCUACAGCUGCACCUGCACCCCCGAGUGGUCGGGCACACACUGCACAUCCCGCUACGACGACUGCGCUGGUGGCAGCCAGGAGCUGUGUGCUCACGGCCUCUGCAUUGACUCUGACAGGGUGACGCCCAACCAGCCCAGCUACAAGUGCAUCUGCGAGUCGGGCUGGACGUCGCCCCCCGGCAGCCCCUCCUGCACAGCUGAUCUGGACGAGUGCCUCCUGCCUGUGCAGCCGUGCUCCACAAACCCCCCCGUGGCCUGCAUCAACACACCAGGCUCUUUCUACUGUGGGUCCUGCCCCCCAGGCUGGCAGGGAAAUGGCUACAGCUGCCAGGACGUGGAUGAGUGCGCCACCAACAAUGGGGGCUGCUCCACCUCCCCCAGAGUGCAGUGCCUCAAUACCAUGGGCUCCUUCCACUGCGGGCCCUGCCCGCCAGGUUAUGAAGGUGAUGGAAAGAUUUGCACCCAGAUCAAUCUGUGUGACUCCAACAACGGGGGGUGCCAUCCCCUAGCUACCUGCUCCGCACCUCCAGGCAGCACCAUCCCCAUCUGCACCUGCCCGCCAGGGUACAUCGGAAAUGGCUACGGACCCACGGGAUGCUCCCAGACCAGCGACGUGUGCCAGACCAACAACCCCUGCGUCCACGGCCAGUGUGUGAGUACUCUCACUGGUUACGUAUGCAUGUGCCAAGAUGGCUGGUCGGGCACCAACUGCGACCAGAAUGUGAACGAGUGCGCCAGCAACCCCUGCCAGAACGGUGGCACCUGCACCGACGGUGUUAACGGCUACACGUGCACCUGCACUGCCCAGUGGACUGGGCCGAACUGCGAGACUGCCCAGCAAGUGUGUGGAGGAUACCUCACCGGACCAGCUGGUACCUUCAGCUAUCCCAACACCCCAGGACACGAUGAGUACGAUCACAUGGUCAGCUGUGCGUGGGUCAUCAGGGUUGAUACAGACAAGAUCAUACGCAUCACCUUCCCUCAUUUCCACCUGGAGGAUAGCUCUGGCUGCACCUUCGACUUCCUGCAGAUCCACGACGGUGAAAGUGCCGGCGCCCACAUGCUGGGCCGCUACUGCGGCACCAGCGCGCCCGCAGAGCUGUUCAGCUCCCACAAUUCCCUCUACUUCUGGUUCCGCUCAGACCACUCCAUCAGUGCGGGGGGGUUCACAGUGGCUUGGCAGUCUCAGGCACCGGUGUGUGGCGAUUCCCUAACUGCACCCUACGGCUCCAUCAAUUCGCCUGGUUACCCUGGCAACUACCCGCCUAACCGUGACUGCUACUGGACCGUGAGCGUGAACCCGGGCCUGCUCAUCACCUUCGCCUUUGGGACCCUGAACCUGGAGCAUCACCCUGACUGCAAUUUUGACUUCCUGGAGAUCCGUGAUGGCCUGCUACCCGAAGACCUGCUUCUGGGGAAGUACUGCAGCACAGGCUCCCCGGCCCCACUGGUGACCACCGGGCCGUCAGCCUGGAUCCACUUUCAUUCAGACUUCUCUGUGUCCGACCGUGGCUUCCACAUCACCUACACAACCUCUCCGUCGGAUCCUGGCUGCGGGGGCACCUACACAGACAGUCAGGGCGUGAUCAUCUCACCGAACUGGCCCAACAGCUACGCUCACAGCCGGCAGUGUGUGUACGUCCUCCGGCAGCCCCCGGGUGAAGCCGUGGCCCUCAACUUCACCCACAUGGACCUGGAGAACCACGGAGACUGUCUCUUUGACUUUGUGGAGGUGCGGGACGGCCUGAGUGAGACUGACGCUCUAAUUGGCAAAUACUGUGGCUCUAUCCUGCCUGCCCCCAUCACCUCCCACUCCAAUGGGCUUUGGCUUCGCUUCAAAUCUGACGAAUCCGUGAGCCGAGCUGGAUUCCGGGCCGUCUACGAAGUUGCCUGUGGCGGGGUUCUUUCGGGUUCGGGACAGAUCCGCACUCCCUACCACCCCAACUCAUACCCACAUGACAAAACAUGCGAAUGGGUGAUCAACCAGCCACAGGGGUCUGUGGUCACGCUCACCUUCCUCGCCUUUGAUGUGGAGGGCAACUCCGAGUGCCUCUUUGACUAUGUGGAGGUUAGAGAUGGGCCAACAUCAAGCUCUACCCUGAUUGGAAAGUACUGCGGCUCUCAGAUGCCCCCCAUGCUUCAGUCUACCCAGAGGUCCAUGUAUGUCCGCUUCCACACGGACGCGUCGGUCAGCAACCUCGGCUUCCUCGCCGAGUAUGGCGCUGCCCAGGAAGGCUGUGGUGACACUCUGAACGAGCCCUCGGGAACGAUCACCAGUCCCGGACAUCCAACUGAGUACCCCCAUGGGGCGAAUUGCACCUGGUACAUCUCAGUCGCUCCUGGCAACAUCAUCCGACUCACUUUCACGUCCUUCAACCUGGAGUUCCAUCAAGAGUGCAUGUAUGACUACGUGGAGGUGUACGAUAAUGGCACUGUGGAGACUGGGAACAAACUCGGCAGGUACUGUGGCCGCUCUGUCCCACCCUCGCUGACCAGCACAGACAACCUGUUAACCAUCCUCUUCGUCUCGGACGUGAGCUUAGCUACUGAGGGCUUUUCAGCUGACUACGUGGCCAUCAACGCCUCCAUGGACUGCAGUGAGGUCUUCACAUCCCCCACGGGGGUGCUGAGCUCCCCGAACUACCCCAACUACUACCCCAUCAGCCGGGACUGCAUUUACAAGAUCAUUGUUGAGGUCAACAUGCAGAUCAUACUGAACUUCACUGACUUCGAGCUUGAGGGCUCCCCCCCCUCCUGCGCUUUUGACUAUGUGGAGAUCAGAGAUGGUGGCUACGAGACCUCCCCACUAAUUGGCAAAUUUUGUGGGUCUCAGGCGCCCCAGAUCCUGGUCUCCCAUAGCAACAGGCUGUGGAUCAGGUUCCAUUCGGACUACAUUGCUACCUUCAGGGGAUUCACAGCGCACUGGGAUGGCACACAGACCGGCUGCGGGGGCACGCUGAGCACCAGCACAGGCAGUUUCUCUUCCCCGAACUACCCCCUGCCCUACCACCCCAAUGCUGAGUGCUACUGGCACAUCAAAGUCAGUGGGGGGAGCCGUAUUCGUCUGGAGUUCGUGGACUUCCACCUGGAGUCCAGUUCCAGCUGCCAGUUUGACUACCUGGCUGUGUACGAUGGGAACAGCACCAGUGCCCCUGCCCUGGCCCAGCUUUGUGGAUCCACGCUGCCCACCCCCAUCAACUCCAGCUAUGAGCACCUGUUCGUCAAGCUACGGACUGACCAAAGCAUCGGCGCUGGGGGCUUCGUGGCUUCUUAUACAUACUAUUGUCAUGGGAUAGUCAUAGCCAAUAAGAGCAGAGGAGUCCUGGAAAGCCCUGACUACCCCAACACCUACCCCCACCUGGCCCACUGCAGCUGGACCAUCCAGACCACCAUGGGCAACACCAUCAACUACACCUUCACGGCCUUCGACCUGGAGAGCACCUCCAGCUCCUGUGUCUUCGACUACAUAAAGCUAUAUGAUGGUCCAAAUGAGCAGGCACCUCUGAUUGGUGCAUUCUGCGGGGACACACCCCCUGCCCCCCACACCACCACCAGCACUAGCUUGCACGUCGUUUUCCGCUCCGAUUUCUCCAUCGCCCACGGAGGCUUCCGGAUGCUCUGGUAUCAGAACGGCUGUGGUGGGGACCUGCAUGGACCCAGCGGAUCCUUCACCAGCCCCGGCUACCCCAACAAGUACCCAGAAAACCGCGAAUGCAUCUGGUACCUCCAGACGGCCCCGGGCAGCAGCGUGCAGAUAACCAUCCAUGAGUUUGAUGUGGAGCAACACCCAGACUGUAGCUACGACCUGCUGGAGGUAUAUGGCGGCCCCGACCUGACCUCCCCCCGGCUGGCCCAGCUGUGCACUACGCGUCCGCCCAGCAAUCCUCUGCGCGUGUCCAGCACAGGGAACAUGGUCACCGUCCGCUUCAAGUCCGACGCCUACGUCAGUGGCCACGGCUUCAAUGCCAGCUGGCAGGAGGUGCCGGGAGGUUGCGGUGGUAUAUUUAAUGCCCCCAGUGGUGAAAUUCACUCCCCCAAUUUCCCCAAUAACUACCCCAACAAUGUGGACUGUUCUUGGGUGAUUAGUGUGGACCAGGGCCACCGCGUGCUCCUCAACUUCACCGUGCUGGAGGUGGAGUCACACUCCUCCUGCGAAUGGGACUACGUAGCUGUCUAUGAUGGCCCCAGCACAUCAGCACCACUCCUCGCGCAUGUCUGCGGAAUGACCCCACCUGCCCCCAUCACCUCCACCCAGAACACCAUCUACGUCCACUUCCGCUCUGACUUGAGCCUGCAGCACAAAGGCUUCAGUGCCCGGUUCUCUGAGGCGUGCGGGGCAACCAUCAUCAGUGAUGACGUGGGUGGGGCUAUCGCUUCCCCAGGGUACCCCUUCUACUAUCCAGCCAAUCAGAACUGCAGCUGGAUCAUCAAGGCUAUGGAACCAUUUAACCACGUGACCCUCUCCUUCACCGACCUCAGCAUAGAGAACCACUUUGGAAACUGCUCUGCAGACUUUGUGGAAGUCCUGGAUGGGGACAACUAUGAGGCACCAUCCAUUGGCCGCUACUGUGGAUCUGGGGUCCCCAACCCAAUCACUUCCUUUGGCAACGCGCUGGUCGUCAAAUUCGUCUCUGAUAUGUACAUCACUGAUAAAGGGUUCCGGUCCACCUACUCCGCCUCCACCUCUGGUUGUGGUGGGGACCUCCGUAUGGAGUCUGGUGCCUUCAACAGCCCCAACUACCCUGACGCCUACCCCCCCAACGUGGAGUGCGUGUGGACCAUCACUAGCUCGCCCGGCAAUCGUCUGCAAAUGUCCUUCAUCACUUUUCAGCUCCAGGAAAGUGAUGGGUGCAACAACGAUGUCCUAGAGGUCAGGGAAGGAAACUCAACGGGUGUUUUGGUUGGCCGCUUCUGUGGCUCCUCUCUCCCAUCAAACUAUACCUCACUUGUGGGACACGUGCUGUGGAUCAAGUUCACCUCUGACGCCACUGUCAGUGGAGAUGGCUUCCGGGCUGUCUUCACGCACUUGUAUGGGAAUGAAAUCACAGGCACCCAGGGCCAAAUCGCCUCUCCGCUGUGGCCCCGGAUGUACCCCAACAACGCGGACUACCGCUGGACCGUCACCGUGGAUGCCAGCUACUACAUCGAGGUCCGCUUCCUGGACAUGGACAUUGAAGAUUUAGGCAACUGCUUCUACGACAAGCUGAAGAUUUUUGACGGCCCCGACGUGCACUCUUAUCCUCUGGGCGUGUUCUGCGGUUUGGUCCUGCCCCGACCGGUGAGGAGUUCAGGCAGCAUGCUGACGGUGGAGUUCCUCUCUGACAGUUUGGUGGUUGGAAGGGGUUUCCUUCUCGAGUGGACCGCUGUUCAGAGCUCCGGACCACCGCCUACGAUCGCUCCAGGUGCCUGCGGUGGGGCCCUCGUGCCUGGUGACAGUCCCAUGUUCCUCUACUCCCCCGGCUGGCCGGGCAGCUACGACCCUAACCUGGACUGCUCCUGGGUGAUCCGCUCGCCCGGAUCCGUGGUGGAGCUCAACCUGCUGUUUGUUGACAUUGAGGACAUUCCAGGCUGCUACUAUGACAGCCUGGAGAUCCGGGACGGUGAAACGAAGCAGUCCCCACUGUUGGCCAAUGUGUGCGGCCGCCAGCCCCCAGGGUCCCUGCAUUCCACUCAGGAGGCCAUGUUCCUGCGCUUCACCUCCGAUGGCUCAAUUAGUGGCAUGGGUUUCAACGCCUCCUACACCAAGGGCUGUGGCGGUCUCCUGCAUGUUGACAGAGGGGUCAUCAGCUCGCCGAAAUACCCAGAGAAUUAUACCCCACACCUGAACUGCACCUGGCAUGUAAUGGUGACCCCUGGAUCACGGAUAUCCAUCACCUUCCAGACCCCCUUCCAGGUGCAGGGAUAUGGAGAUGCCUGCAGUACUGGAGAUUACCUGGAGCUGAGGAAUGGCCCAGAUGCAUCAGCCCCGCCCCUGGGCGGGCGCCUCUGUGGGUCCAGCCCCCCUGGGGUCAUGCAGACCACGGAUAGCCACCUCUACCUGCAUUUCGUCAGUGACGGCAGCAACGAGGGCCACGGCUUCAAGAUGACCUUUGAGGCCCAUAACCAAGCCUGUGGGGGAGCCAUUGAGCUGAGAGACACAGACCCCCCGGGCUACAUCACAUCCCCCAACUACCCCAGCAACUACCCCGAGAACAUCGACUGCAUCUGGAUCAUCACCGUGCCCAAUGGGGAGUCUGUGCAGAUUGACUUCGUGGAUGAAUUUUACAUAGAGCAAAAUACUGGCUGUGUCUAUGACUACUUGGAGCUGCGGGAUGGUGCCAGCUCCGACGACCCCCUGAUCGCCCGGCUCUGUGGCGACCAGAAGCCCCCCACCCAACGCUCCACCGGCACGGUCAUGCGGCUGCGUUUCCGCACCGACAGCAUGAUCACGCAUAAGGGAUUCCGGGCCAAAUACUCCAUCACCACCUGCGGGGGCACGUACACCGGACAGAGUGGCACUAUCCACAGCCCCGGGUACCCGGACGCCCACUAUCCAGAUGAGUCCAUCUGUGAGUGGUACAUAGAGGGCCCAACGGGCCACUACCUGACCCUGUCCUUCAACGCCCUGGACCUGCAGGGAUCUGACGGCUGCUCCGCUGACUAUGUGGAGCUUCGGGAGUAUAACGCCUCAGGGCGACUCCUCGGCAAGCAUUGUGGGAACAGCCUUCCGGAACCCGUGGACACAGGGGACAGCUUUGCCUACGUGAAGUUUGUUAGUGACAGCAGCAUGAACGCCCUUGGUUUCAGCCUGGAGUUCGCCGCCAGCGUGGAGGAGUGCGGAGGAGAGCUGAAUGCUGCGUCAGGGACCAUUUCAUCUCCAAACUAUCCGAACCUGUACCCGCAUAACCGCGUGUGUCAUUGGAGGAUCACCGUGCCCCUGGGUCGCAGGGUCACCCUCACCAUCAAUGACCUGCGGCUGGAAGGCCAGAUGAACUGUCCCUUCGACUAUGUGGCUGUCUACAAUGGAUUGUCACCAAAUGCCCCGCUCCUCCAGCGGUUCUGCGGCACGGUGAGUGCGGGGACCCUGGUCAAGUCAUCGGGAAACACCAUGGCUGUCACGUUUGCCACUGAUAACUCGGUGUCCAACGGAGGCUUCACCGCUGACUACUCAUCUGAUGAACCGGCAGUGUGUGGUGGGACCCUGAGCAACCCCACGGGAGGAAACUUCAGCUCCCCGGAGUAUGGGAUCCGUAACUAUAGCAACAACCUGAACUGCGAGUGGCUGAUCCAGAAUCCACAGCACAGCAACACCUCCAUCACGGUGGAAUUCCUGGACCUGCACCUGGAGCACCACCAGACCUGCCAGUGGGACUAUAUCGAGUUCCGCAUGGGUGACCACAACAGCGAGCUCCUGGCCCGGUUCUGCGGUCAGACGACACCGAGCAUCCCACUGGUUGUGUCCACCUCCCAGCUCUGGGUUCGCUUUCACACAGAUGAGAGCGUUGUAGACCUGGGCUUCAUUGCAAAGUACAAUUUCUCAGAGUGUGGAGGAAUGCAGGCUGGAGAAGGGGGAGUGAUUUACAGCCCUGGGUACCCCAACAACUACCCCAGCCCUAGCCGCUGUACCUGGCUCCUAGAGGCCCCUGAGGGCCACACUAUUACUCUCACCUUCAUCGACUUUGAAGUGGAACCCCACAGCCAGUGCCUCUGGGACUCUGUGAGCAUCUUGAAUGGACAGCACCCUGGGUCGCCCCUGAUUGGCCAGUACUGCGGGACCAACUCCCCUGGAACCAUCCGCUCCGGCUCCCGAUGGCUGGUGGUGGUGUUCCUCGCCGACCACAGUGUAUCACACGGCGGUUUCCACGCGACUUGGAGCACCGAUUCCUCGGGCUGUGGAGGAAUCCUCCAUGCUGACAGCGGUACCAUUACAUCUCCGGGUUACCCCCAGAACUUCCCGGCCAACAGCGAGUGCACCUGGAACAUCGUGGCUCACGAGGGCUAUCACCUGGAGAUGAACUUUCACAGCGACUUUGAGAUCCCAGAUUCUGGCCAGUGCCAGAGCAGCUAUGUGAAGGUGUGGUCAGGCCACAAGGAGCUGGACCAGCAUUUGUUGGUGACCGGUUGUGGGUCAACCCCCCCCGCACCGGUCGUAGCGCCAUUCAACAUCAUCACGACCCGCUUCCAGUCCACUGGCAGCCCUGCCAAAGGCUUCUCAGCCUCCUUCUUUACACGCUGUGGGGCAAACUUCUCAGCCCCCAUUGGACGCGUGGUCAGCCCCGAUUACCCCGCCCAAUACCCGGCCAGAUUCAACUGCGACUACCUCAUCAAUGUUGGCGAGCAGAAGGUUGUCCUCUUAGAGUUCCGUACCUUCCAGGUUGAAGCUCAUUCCAACUGCCAGUAUGAUGGUGUGAAGAUCUAUGAUGGGCCGUCAGCCUCCAGCCCCCUGGUGGCCGUGCUUUGUGGCCACACCAUCCCGGGAACCUUCACCACGUUCGGGCCCAUGCUGCUCAACUUCUACUCCGACAGCAUCAUCAACGACUAUGGCUUCCUGGCUGAGUACCAAAUCAUCCCCUGUGGAGGCAUCUUCAACAGCAGCACCGGCUCAGUGGGCAGCCCCACCCUCUCCAUCAGCGACUACCACCACAACAUCAACUGCACCUACCACAUCAUCGUCGGCACCAACAGGGUCAUAGAACUCAAGUUCGACACCUUUAACCUGGAGGCUUCUUCCUCCUGCCAGUAUGACUACCUGGCAGUGUAUGAUGGGCCAGACACCCUUGCCCCUCUGCUGGGGAAAUUCUGUGGCAGGGAGGUCCCACCCACUCUCAAGUCCUCCACCAAUCAGCUCUUCAUCAUCUUCUGGACUGAUGCCACUAUUUCCGGGGAGGGCUGGAGGGCCACCUACAGUGAGACGUUAGGACCCCAGCAGGGCUGCGGGGGCUACCUGACCAACCCGACAGGCACCUUUGGCUCGCCGGACAUCAACCUGGAUGGGAAGUACGAGUCGCGGCUGAAUUGCCUGUGGCACAUCGCUGCGCCGGUCAACAAGGUGCUGGAGCUCACCUUCAGCACCUUCGAGCUGGAGGGGCCCACGCAGGGCACCUGCAAAUACGACUAUGUCCAGAUCUUUGACGGAGACAACAUGAACUUCCCGCUCGUGGGAACCUUCUGUGGCGAUGCCGUGCCAGCCCCAUUCCGCUCCACCGGGAACUUCCUCAUGGUGCUUUUCAUUACUGACAACACGGUGGCCUUCUCUGGCUUCAAUGCCACCUACAAGACUGAAGACAUGCUCUGCGGGGGCAGCUUCAAUGCCACAAGCUCGCCACAGACCAUCACCUCCCCGAUGUUCCCCAACGCCUACCCCGACUCCACGUCCUGCCGCUGGAUCUUAGACUCCCCUCCUCAGGAGAACAUCAAGGUGUCUGUGCAGAGUUUCCACCUGCAGCCAUCACAGGGAUGUACACAGAACUAUUUGGAGAUGAAGGACUGGCCAACGGGAGAUUACGGGCAGGUGCACAGAUUCUGCGGUACCGAUUCGAACGUGCCGGAUUUUUACUCGUACGGACGCUCCAUGCACCUCACGUUCAAGUCCGAGGCCUACAUGGCCGGCAACGGCUUCAGUCUCACCUACCAAGUGGCAGGGUGCAGCAGGGUGUACCAGCAGUCGUAUGGCUACCUGAAGAGUCCGGGCUGGCCGGAGACCUACCCCCACGACGUGGACUGCGCCAUCACCCUUCAGGCCCCCCAGAACAGCUCCAUCUCACUCUUUUUCACCAGCUUCGACCUGGAGACCCACCCGUCCUGCAGCUACGACUUCCUGGAGGUACGGAAUGGAAGUACAGCUGAUGCCCCGUUGCUGGGGAAGUUCUGCGGGUCGACGCUGCCCGGCCCAGUUUUCCCCAGGUCCAACUGGCUCUUCUUGCGUUUCAAGAGUGACUUCUCUGAAGUACGCGAUGGUUUUGAGAUAACCUGGACUUCCUCCCCACAGGGAUGUGGAGGCGUGUUGUACGGUGAUCACGGCUCCUUCACCAGUCCUGACUUCCCCGGGACCUACCCCAAUGGCAGCCAGUGUGAAUGGACCAUCCAGGCUCCAGUAGGCCGCGUGGUGACCGUCACCUUUGUCCAGUUCAGCAUCGACGACCCUGGCGAUUGUCAUAACAACUACCUCAAGCUGUACGACGGGACAGAUGCCAGCAGCCCUCCCAUCGGACCGUACUGCGGAGCGGAGACGAAUAUCGCCCCCUUCACGGCCUCCUCAAACAACGUCUUCAUCCAGUUCCGCGCACAGUACGCCACACUGCCUUCUGGGUUCAGGCUGACAUGGAGCAGCUGAGAAGAUGAGCAAAGAACGAACAAACAAACAAACAAACAAACACCUGUCAUAUCAUCCUCAUCCCUCCAUCUCGAAAAUUUAAAUAUAACCUGACCUCUCAUAAAUCUCCACAAAUCAACCACAUUUAAAUAUGUAAAUUCUUCAGAAUGAGAAAAGUUUACUUCUGAUUGCAAUAGCUUUAUCUGUUAUAAAUAUUUUUGAAGCUUGUAACUAUAUAUUUUGUAAAGUGGAAAGUGUUAUUGAAAGUAAAGUGCAAUGUUUUCAAUGUCCUGGACCUGUGUCCACACUGUUUCCUUAUCCUUUUCUCAUCCCAUGUUUAUUGUGUGGAUGAGGUGUGGAUGAGAAGAAAUAAAAAAAAGAUUCUUGGUA